AUGGACGAAGUUCCUGAUCUUGACAUGAAGAGAGAAAGAAGGAGAAGAGAGAAUCAGAGAGGGGAAGGAGACAGAGGACAGUGGGCCAGUAAAAGAGAAUAUUUUCUGGUUGUUGCAGGAAAUGUGGUCGGCAUAGGCAACGUUUGGAGAUUUCCUUACCUCUGCUACAAGAAUGGAGGAGGUGCCUUUCUGGUGCCAUAUGGUGUGUUAGCUGUGUUGGUUGGGAUACCUCUGUUCCUUCUGGAGAGUUCAGUUGGUCAAUACACCCAGGAAGGAUUCAUCACCUGCUGGAGGAAACUGUGUCCACUGGCACAAGGAAUUGGAUAUGCACAAUUUGUGAUGAAACAUUACGCCUUCAGCUACAUUUUAAUCCAAGUAUGGGCUCUCUUCUACCUGGUGUUCUCAUUCAGGUCCCAGCUCCCCUGGGCCACAUGUGAUAACACCUGGAAUACAGCGAACUGUGUGGGCCUUAAGAUUUCGGAUUCUGUGUCGACAAAUCUGACGUCAAAUCAGACCAUGUUGACCAACACCAGCUCUGCUGCCACUGAGUUCUGGGAACGGAGGGUGCUGGCCAUGUCUGCAGGCAUUGAGGAGCUGGGCAGUGUGAGAUGGGAGCUGGUUUUGUGUCUUCUGGCCUGUUGGGUGUUCACAUACUUCAGUAUCUGGAAAAGUGUCAAAUCCUCUGCAAAGGUUGCGUACUUCACUGCCACCUUCCCCUACGUGAUGCUCCUGAUACUGCUUAUCAGGGGAUUGACUUUACCUGGAGCUUGGGAUGGGAUCUACUACUACCUGUAUCCAGAUUUGAAAGGCCUGGCUAACCUUGAGGUCUGGAUAGAGGCAGGAUCUCAAAUAUGCUUCUCCUACAGCCUGACCUCAGGAACUCUUGGUGUUUUGAGCAGCUAUAAUAAAUACAAGAACAAUUGUUACAAAGACUGUUUUUGGCUCUGUCUGCUGAACAGUGGGACCAGUUUUGUUGCUGGAUUUGUCGUCUUCUCUGUACUUGGAUUCAUGGCUCAGAAACAGGGUGUUACUGUCGACGCUGUGGCCGAGUCUGGUCCAGGUUUGGCCUUCAUUGCUUACCCUCAGGCAACAGCUAUGAUUCCUUUCCCACAGCUCUGGACUGUCUGCUUUUUCCUGAUGCUGAUCUUCCUCAGUGUUGACACACAUUUUGUGAUAGUUGAGUGUUUUAUCACCUCAAUAAGCGACUUGUUUCCGAAGCUGUUUCGUAAACCAGGAAGACAUGAGAUCUUUGUGCUCGUCAUUUGUUCAUCCUUCUUCCUCAUACAUCUGACUUUGGUCACUGAGGGAGGAAUUUACAUUUUCCAGCUUUUUGAUUAUUAUGCUUGUACCAGAGCUUUUAAUUAUUUCAUGGCUUUAUCAGAGUGUCUGGCUCUGGCUUGGGGUUUUGGUGCUGACCGUAUUAUUAACAUCAUUGAGGACAUGACUGGACAGAGACCAUCUGUUUUCUUCAAAGUGUGCUGGAGAUACAUCAUUCCUCUGCUGUCACUGACUUCCUUUAUCCUGUACCUGGUUGAUUACACACACCUCAAGAUUAACGACAGGUACGUUUACCCUGACUGGGCGUACGCUCUAGGCUGGACCAUGACUCUCUCCUCUGUUCUCAUGGUGCCGCUUUGGGCAGCUGGACAGAUGUGUUUCACAGCAGGCACCUUCAGACAGCGUUUGUCUGUCCUUCUUCAUCCUGUUGAAGAUCCAGUCUCACAGAGGAGAAAAAUGGAAGAGGAUGGGUUAUAUGUGGAGCUGAGGACGUCUGGAGAGACAACUUAG